UUAUCAAUAAACGUAAAACCCUAAAAACCCUAAACCUCUUGUCUCGUUCUCUCUCUCUCCUAGCCGCGCACAACCUCCGGAAGUGUGGCGGUCUUCUGCUUGUGGUGUUCUUCAGCCGAACCACAGGGAGUUAGGGAACACUCCGAGUUUCACCGUUGUGAUCGUUCUUAUCACUGGUGCUCUCAUUGAUUCGUUCUCAUGGCCGCGGAUUCAUCAACACCAAUCACCGCUGCUUGUCUUCGGGAGUUUCAGGAGCAAAUAGAUGAUCAACUUAGUCGGGCACUCCAGCAAUUGCAUCACACUGUGCAACAGAUGCAGUUGGAUUUGGGGACCCUACGCGCGGAGACACUAACCGAGAAGCAUGUGCGCGAGUUACGGCAACCUCAUGAUCAUGGCCAGGUAAACCCGAUGACCAAACUCAAACUCGACAUGCCGAAGUGUGACGGUACCGAUCCCUUGGGCUGGUUAUUUAAGGCACACGAGUACUUUGUUUUUUACGCGGUGCCCGAGGAGAACCGCUUGUCGGCCGUGUGCUUGAUGUUAGAAGGUCCGGCUUUGGACUGGUUUCGUUGGAGACAACGUAACCACCUUUUGGAGUCGUGGGCGGACUUUGUUACUAAGUUUAAACUCCGCUUCGACCCCCUUAAUUAUGUUGACUAUCUCGGCCUCUUGUCCAAAGUACAGCAAACCAGGACGGUUCUUGACUACCAGCAGGCUUUUGAAAAGAUUUUGGUUAAUGUUACUGACGUGGAUGAAUCUAAUCUCCAGUCUCUUUUCCAUGCCGGGUUGAAGCCGCAUCUCCAGCACGAGAUCCUCUUGCAGAAACCCACUUCUAUUUCGAUGUCCUUUGCCUUGGCUCGAGAGUUGGAAGCAAAGCAUGCCGCCUGGGCUACUUCAUUACAGCCGCGGUAUCCAUCACGCCAGGCAGUGUGGACACCGGCAAAAGCUCCGACGACUCCUACGGCCACACCACUGCUGCCUACACCGACAGGGGUCACCGAAAACAAGUCCCAUCCAACCCAUCCUAUCCGCCAGCUCACCUAUGCUGAGAAAAAAGAACGCGAUGCCAAAGGCUUGUGUUAUAAUUGUGAUGAAAAGUGGGUUAAGGGCCAUCGCUGCGGACGUUUCCUUUUGCUCUUGGAAGAUGACGAGGGGGAUGAGCACUCGCCACCGGAGGAUCCCGAUGACAAUGUCGUCACGGCCGACGUAUCAAGCCUCCACAGUUUAGCCGGGCCACUAACACCCCGCUCAUUGCGUCUAUCAGGCGUGCUUUCUAAAGGAGUUGUGGACGUUCUUAUUGACGGUGGCAGCACCCACAACUUCAUCCAACCCACGGUGGUGGAGCGCCUGUGUUUACCCGUCUCUGAUAUCCCAGCUUUCCGAGUGUAUGUUGGCAACGGGGCUUCCCUCCUUUGCGAUCGCCAGUGCUGUAACGUCUCUCUUCUUUUGCAGGGCACGACCUUCCCGGUCGAUCUUUUUGUGCUUCCGAUUCACGGACCCGAUGUGGUGCUUGGGGUCCAAUGGCUUCAAGUAUUAGGUAAGGUCACCGGCCACGACUAUGCCCACCUCACUAUGGAGUUUUUGUGGAAAGGAUCACGGGUUGCGUUGAAAGGGGGAACAACCACACCACGGCCAAUAUCCUUGCAUCAGUUCCAGUCUCUUCAAGCACGCCAGGAAGUAGUCGAAUGCUUCGAAAUCACCCCGGUCUCCGAACCUACAGGGGGGCGAUUCACUGCUCUGGCCAACAGACCUGCCAACCGUACUUCAGGCUGUAUUUUGUACAAACCUGGGUCUUCCAACACCGUUGCCGAUGCUUUAUCACGCCGGGAUCAGCCUGACAUACCGCCCACGACGACGGCUGAUAUCAUGGCCCUCUCCCAACCCUUGCCAUCCAUUUUGGAACGCAUCCGUGACGAAAAUUGUCAUCGCCGUGGAGUAUUGCCGGCUCUGUAUACUGUGGCCGACGGGUUGCUCUUCUAUAAUACACGACUGUGCAUUGGGGCUGACUCCAGCCUUCGUACCGAGUUGCUUCGUGAAUAUCAUGACUCCCCUAUCGCGGGGCACGCGGGAGUCCACCGCACAUUCCACCGCCUAGCAGCGUCUUUUCAUUGGCCUCGGAUGCGCGCAGACGUUCGUGCUUAUAUUGCUAAAUGUGAGAAGCUAGCCUUGAAAUUCUAUGGGCCGUACGAGGUGGUAGAACGCAUCGGUCCUGUUGCCUACCGGCUACGCUUACCGGAAAAUUCCAAAAUCCACCCGGUUUUUUAUGUCUCUGUCCUUCGCCCUUUUCGUGGUACCAACGUGCCAGUGCAGCCCUUGGCAUUGCCGGAUGAUCUCGUUGAUGGAAGAACACCGUCUCACCCCAUACAACUACAUGCAGUUCGUCGGGUUUUACAGCAUGGGGUGCCGGUCCAACAAGGCUUGAUUUCAUGGAGUGAUGGUACAUUGGAUGAUGCUACUUGGGAACCACUGGCGCUGAUAAAAGAACACUAUCCACAUCUCCACCUUGAGGACAAGGUGACUGUCGAAGAAAGGAGGAGUGUUACGGAUUCGGAUGAACCAGGGGACCAACACGUUCAAGACUCGGGGACUCGUCGAAAAAAACUCACCGAAACAAAUUAUCCGGCAUGGUCUCUCAAUGUCCAGACAGCUCUUUCAGCUAAUCUCCUCCUUGGAUGGAUUGAUGGUCAUGAAGCAACCCCGGCGCCAACUAUCUCCAAAAACGAUAAAAUCGUCCCUAAUCCAGAGUAUACCUCCUGGACCAUCGUUGACACACAGAUCCGCGCCUGCCUCCUAGCGGUCAUCAGUCCCUCCGUUCACAAACAUGCUCGUGGCUUCACCACAUCUGCUGCCCUCUGGGAUGCUUUGGCCGCACGGUACAAUUCCGUGUCCACCGCUCAUAUUUAUCAGCUUCGGGACAAACUCCACACUUUUCGUAAAGGUACCAAAACUAUGACACAAUACCUUGAUGAUGUGGCAACUAUUCUCUCGGAUCUCGAUGCCUUGAAAGAAGAGAUCCGUGAACGUGAUGUGGUGAAUGCUGUUAUUCGUGGUCUUCCCACCGAAUACUCAUCCUUUAAGCAAAAUAUUCGCAUGAACAAUACCAAUAUUUCGUUAAAUCAGCUUUCUGGAUGGCUGAUCUCUGAAGAAAUAAACCUGGAGAUGGAGAAUAAACUCAGCCUCACUGAGUCUACCAUCAUCGAACCUCGCACAGCACUUCUCGCUACAAACGGUCGAGGUUACGGUAGAGAAGGCUACCGCGGUCGACCGUCACCUGGACGUGGAUACAACAGCGGACGUGGAGAAAGGAACAACGGUCGACCGUCCCAGGGAAACAGUCGACCGUCACGGGAUUUGCCAACCUGCCAAAUCUGCGAGAAACGAGGUCACUCUGCGUCUGAGUGCUGCUCUUCUACUCUCAUCUCAGAAGUUACUCAGGCCAUGCACCGUGACUUCAAGCUCAAAGAACUUGGACCUCUUCAUUACUUCCUUGGCAUUGAGAAAAGGCUUGGGAUUGUGUGGAAUCCAAAAGCCCCUCUUUUCUUCCGCCUCAUCUUCUCCACCUCCUCCUACGAAUCUUCUUCUCUUCUUCGGCUAAUCUUCUCUAUCUCCUCCUCCAUUGGCAUCUCCUCCUCCGUUAGCACAGGUUUUUCUCUUCUCCAACUUCCCUCUAUCGUCGUCAAGCCUUCACGUAUUUUCGGAAGGAUCGUGCUACAGUGCACCCGCCCUUGCCUCCGUUGCUGCCUCCCUAUUUAAGAUGUUUUUUACCUUUUCUCCUUUUUUUUCUUUCCUCUACGUCGCUCUGGCGGCUCUGCUCUUCCGUGCCAGCCAGCCGCACGACUCUCCUCUCCCUUUUCUACGCUCUCCUUCCCACAAGGCAGGUAAUAUCUUCUUUUUCUUAUCUUCCUUUUCAUAUCUCUGAUGCGCCAACCCCUGUAGCACGACCAUCCCUCUGUCAAUCUCUUCUCUUCAUUCCAUUUUUAGUCAAUUUCUAUAGCAAUAAUUUUUUGAGUUUUUGUGGAGUACAUAGGGUAUUUGGUGAUUAUGGACUUACAAACAUGUAUUGUUACACAUGUUGAGAAUGAUCAACCACAUGAUUUUGGUGGUCAAGAAGAAGACCUGGUUUUAUAUGACUUGCAGCCCAGUUGUAAGUGUAGAUAUUUAGACCCCAUUCUAUAUUCAUUUGAAGUAGUGAAAAAAUACUGUUUUGUUUU